UCAUGGACGACAUGGGUUGGGGUGACCUUGGGGUCUAUGGAGAACCUUCCAGAGAGACCCCGAAUCUGGACCAGAUGGCUGCAGAAGGGAUGCUAUUCCCAAACUUCUACUCCGCCAACCCUCUCUGCUCACCGUCCAGAGCAGCUCUACUCACGGGACGGCUGCCCAUCCGCACCGGCUUCUACACCACCAACGCCCACGCCAGAAAUGCGUACACGCCACAGGAGAUUGUGGGCGGCAUCCCCAGCUCCGAGCACCUCCUGCCCGAGCUCCUGAAGGGGGCCGGCUACGUCAGCAAGAUUGUCGGCAAGUGGCACCUGGGUCACAGGCCCCAGUUCCACCCACUGAGGCACGGAUUCGAUGAGUGGUUCGGAGCCCCCAACUGUCACUUUGGGCCUUACGACAACAAAGCCAGGCCUAACAUCCCGGUGUACAGGGACUGGGAGAUGGUUGGCAGAUUUUAUGAAGAAUUUCCGAUCAGUCUGAAGACAGGGGAAGCCAACCUCACACAGAUCUACCUGCAGGAAGCCCUGGACUUUAUCAAGAGACAGGCUGGACGACGCCCGUUCUUCCUGCACUGGGCCAUCGACGCCACACACGCCCCCGUGUACGCGUCCCAGCCCUUCCUGGGCACCAGUCAGCGAGGGCGGUACGGGGACGCCGUCCGGGAGAUCGAUGACAGUGUUGGGAAGAUCCUGGCGCUGCUCCGGGCCCUCGGGAUCGGGAACAGCACCUUCGUCUUCUUCACUUCCGACAACGGCGCUGCCCUCAUCUCUGCUCCCAGACAAGGUGGCAGCAACGGUCCCUUUCUGUGCGGGAAACAGACCACAUUUGAAGGGGGGAUGCGGGAGCCUGCGAUUGCCUGGUGGCCAGGGCACAUCCCUGCGGGCCAGGUGAGCCACCAGCUGGGCAGCCUCAUGGAUCUGUUCACAACCAGCCUGUCUCUGGCGGGCCUGAAGCCACCCAGUGACCGGGAGAUAGAUGGCCUCGACCUCCUCCCCACCAUUCUGCGGGGCCAGCUGAUGGACAGGCCGAUAUUCUACUACCGUGGCAACACACUGAUGGCUGUCACCGUCGGCUCGUACAAGGCUCACCUCUGGACCUGGACCAACUCCUGGGAGGAGUUCCAGCAGGGCAUCGAUUUCUGCCCGGGGCAGAAUGUUUCCGGGGUCACAACGCACACCCAGGAGGAGCACACGAAGCUGCCCCUGGUUUUCCACCUGGGGCGAGACCCUGGGGAGAGGUACCCCCUCAGCUUGGUCAGCGCUGAGUACCAGGAGGCCCUGCGCAGGGUCACCCCUGUCAUCCAACAGCACCAGGAGGCCUUGGUUCCCGGACAGCCCCAACUGAACGUGUGUGACCGGGCGGCCAUGCGCCUCUGUGGCCCCUGCCAAGCCUGGAAUCGCCGACAGGCCCACGUUGGAAGCGCCCAGCUGCCCUCAGGCCUGCGGGCAGCAGCUGUUGAAGUGGAAGGGACGGCCGGCCCUGCCCUGCCCUGCCCCGAGGCCAGGCUGCGUUGCGCGGCCAGAAAGCAGCGCCCCUGUCUCCCCAAAGCCUGGCUGGGUCUGCGUAGACCACGUGUGACAUCGACCUUGACUCGCAACGUUGUCCGGCUCGAACGUCCCUGAGCGGGGAUGUGUCU